AUCAAGAAGAAUUAUCUUCUAGUUCAGAUACAGAACAAAUAUCAGAUAUAGAACAAGUAUCAAAUACAGAACAAGUAUCAGAUACAGAACAAGUAUCUACCAAAAGAUCUCAUAUUCGUAAAGACCCAAAUCAAAAUUGGUUUAAGAUAUAUCCAUGGUUAAAAAAAGAAGUAGUUGAAAAUAAAGUUGUAUUAUUUUACACAAUAUGUAGAGAAAGAAAUGGAAAGACAGUAUUCGCAGUAGGUACAACAAAAUAUCGGUUAGAAAGUAUUAAAAAUCACAUAAAAACAACUGAACACAAAGAAUCUGAAGAUCUUUCCAAACUACAACAAACAAAAAUUAUUACUAAUUUUGCAAAGCAAUUGGGUAUCGAUAAAUUAAAUAUUAUAUCGCUUAUGAGAAAUGUUUAUUUUUGUGCUAAAAAUCAUCAACCUAUCAAUUUGUUUCCUAAUUUAUGUGAAUUAGUUACAACUCAAAUUCAUAAUCAUAAAGAAUAUAUUACUUCAGAUAGAGUAUCUAGUAUUUGUGAUAUUAUUGAAGAAGGUUUAUUUGAAGAAUUAAAUACUUCUAAAUACUGGAGUUUGAUGAUUGAUGAAUCUAAUACUAUUUCAGAUGACAACUAUUUAGCAAUU